UCCAUUGUUGAAGGUAAUAAUGGAUUUAAUAAUGAUACUUGUGCACUGAUAACGUUAACUAUGGGAGCUUCUUUGGCUCUUUCAACUCACAUCAAUAUCAAUAUCAAAUUUUCAAUUUUUGCUUCAUUUUCGGUAAAAGAUGGUUAA